CGGACACGUCGGCCAGAGCGCGCAGCUCGCAGUAGCCGCACUCGUCGUCGGUCACGCCGCAGCUGACCAGAGUCCCGUUCUCCGCGAAGGCCAGCAGCACGUUGACGCCGAACGUGGCGUUGCCCGGAUCUUCCUCCGCGACUCUGGAAAACUGCGCCGCGUCGCCCGCCCCAGUCAGGACGCCCCUCUGGUUGACCGCGCGCACCACGCUCAGGUCGCGCCUCAGCUGGUACAGCUUCUCCUCCGUGGCCACGUAGACUCCGUCGAGAGCGGUGACCAAGUGGCGGACGGCCCCGUCCGCGGUGAAGCUUCCGCCCGUCGCCUCCAGGCACCGGCAGCCUUCCGCCCAGAGGAGGCACAAGACGGACGCCCACAGCCGCGGGGGCAGCAUCUUCUCGGCCGCGGUGUCGAGCCGGACGCCUCGGGUGGCUCUGGAGGAAAAGCGCGUAAAAAGCGCACAGACCGAGUGGGAGGGACGCGCCGGGCGGCGAACGUCGCAGAUCCGCCCGUUUAUCUCCGAGAGCGAGGAAGCAAAUCGGGCACAAUGACGGCGAGACGCGGCCGAAACACGCCGCGCCGCGCCCGGGCGCAAAAAGUAGGUUCGGCCGAAAGGGAGGAACCGUGCGAAAUGGAAGCACGAAAAGGUAGAAUGAUUCGAAGGAAGAAAGACGGGGAAACAAAAGACGUCGGGAAGAUCCAAAAACAAACCCAACCAAAAACAACCAUUGAAGCAGGUCUGAGGUCGAAGGGAGGAAAGAAUGAAGGAAGUAGAGAUGGCAAAAUGAGAACAGAAGACAAGAAAAUAGGGCUGUGCCGGGCGGCCAAAAAAUGCUAAUGUGCGCAAAUAUUGUCUGCAACUAAUACAUAUUGGCUGAAAAUACCCGGUAGAAAAAGAUUAAGCGCACACUGCUGUCACCUUGUGGCGGAAAACCGCAUUGCACCAACAUCCCGUCCACGGAACGUUGAUCGCAUCGUCAUUCAAGUCAACUACGGUCACGUGUUCACACUUUAAUACGUCACUGCUUCACCGUGUCCCGCCGGCGACCGCUUUUCUUUUUUGGUUUUGUUUUGUUUUUGUUUUUUUACAGUCAAACGACGCAUUUGCAGAGCGACCAAAACAGUUGUUAUGAAACAACACCACCGCCACUCCAAAAAAAAGACAAAAAAUGAUAAUCAUACAAUCGUGCAUAAAUUAACCCAAAUAUGGAUAUUUAGUGAACUGGUGGGUUUCCCCUGUGUCGCCAACGGCUUCCGCUAGAGGUCGCUGCCCGCACUGUUUCGGCGCAGGGGCACUCGGAGCGCCUCGCCGUCUUAUAUUACCGCCGGCCGCCCGCACGCCAGCUUCAAUUCGCAGCGGCGAGCGAGCUGCUGUCCGUCGUCCCUCCGCCCGUCCGGUGCGCAUCCAGCCGGAGGGACGGACGCAACUUUCGUUGGGUGUCCUUCAUCUCCUCCCCUGCUCAUCCGGAGAUCGUCACCGACGGCGUUUUCUCCCGCGCGGACGGGGAGACGGACGGUCGAUUUCGGAGCUCGCCGUCAUGGCCAAAAGUCCGGAGGUGAAACUGGCCGUCUUAGGUCGAGCGGGGGUGGGCAAGUCAGCGUUGGUGGUGAGGUUUCUGACUCGACGCUUCAUCUGGGAGUACGACCCGACACUUGAGUCCACCUAUCGCCAUCAAGCCAAUAUCGAUGAUGAGGUUGUCGCCAUGGAGAUCCUGGACACAGCGGGCCAGGAGGACAACCAGCAGAGGGAAGGUCACGUGCGUUGGGGCGACGGCUUCGUGGUCGUGUACGACAUCACGGACCGAGGAAGCUUCGAGGACGUGGCGCCGCUGCGGAGUCUUCUCGGAGAGGUCAAGAAGCCCAAAAACGUGCCCCUGGUCCUGGUGGGCAACAAGCGCGACCUGGACCACGUGCGGCAGGUGAGCACCGAGGAGGGCGAACGCCUGGCGGCCGAAAUGGCCUGCGCCUUCUACGAGUGCUCGGCGUGCGCCGACGAGGGCGGCGCCGUGGCGGAGGUCUUCCACGAGCUGUGCCGCGAGGUGAGGCGGCGCAAGGCCGUGCAGGGCAAGGCCAGACGCCGCAGCUCCACCACGCACGUCAAGCAGGCCAUCAACAAGAUGCUGACCAAGAUCAGCAGCUAGGGGAGACUCCUGGGAAUGCCAAAUAAUCAGAAGAAAAUAAACUCUCUCCCAAAUGGACGAGAUGGGACCGCACUAGGUUCUCAUUUUCACCAAAAAGUGAACGAUAUCGCGCCUUUGGUGCACACCCCCCGGAAAAUGUACAAGGGACCCCAAUAAUUACGUAUGUGCAUCAAAGCCGAUCGUACCCCGAGACACAGAAAUGGACUCCUGUUGGAGUUAAUAUUGUCACCUGAUGGAUUUAUUCCGGGAAAUUGUCCAGAUAUGACAUAGUUCAUCCGUCACCGUUCCACUAAUUAAGCGAGUUCACCGCAUAGUUCCGAUUGACCAACAAACAAGCGGAUGAGCGGCUCGCGCGCUCUGUCGUAUCUGUGGGAAUAUACAGUAAUAUGCGUGUGGGAAACGUUCUGUCGGCAAAGGGUCGAUGAAAACAAAACAAACUUUUCUAGGUCUUUCUAGGUCUUUCUGUCGGUUGACAGAAAGACCUAGAAAAGUUCAAUGCCUGCCUCUUUAUUGGAUGAGCUGUCAUUGUCGACAGUAUAUUGCAACACAAGGAAACGGAAGGACACAGAGCGUCCUCCGUCGGCCGACCCCCGGUACGAAGGGAAACGAUCCAAUUCGUGCUGACGUGCGUCGCGCUCGCCAUGUGCUGUUCUAACUUUCAUAUAUACUGCGUUCUCCAGGAUGUAAGCCUUAAGCACUGCUGCUGCGUCGUAGCUGACGUGCGCUGAGAGAUACUGUAAUGGCUCAGACGUAUUCAACCUGUGUGUGUUUUUCUGUAUGUGACUUGUCCAACUGAUGUGCACUUAACUAUUAAAAAACGAGAUGCGCUCCA